UAAACGAUUUGUAGUUUUGAAAAUGCAGGAUUGAAAUCCAAAAUACCAAAUAAAGGAAAAAGAUAAGGAAAGAAGGGAGGCGAAGAAGACGAAAGGUGAAUGAAGUAAAUGAAAAAGUUAUUCGAAAAUUUGACACGUGAUCGUGGAACCCCCCAGAGCCAACGGGAUGACGAGGCAGGCGGCGACCGGAGACGGAGGGAGGAUGUCCCUGGACGUCAAGUCUCAGGCCCCGAAGACUGUGACAGCCAACGGUACAACGUCCACGGGUACUCAGGAGUGUGCUGGGUGCGGCAAACACAUCACUGAAAGGUUCCUACUGAAGGCGCUAGACCUGUACUGGCACGAGGACUGUCUCAAGUGUGGCUGCUGCGACUGUAGGUUGGGAGAGGUCGGCUCAACUCUGUACACAAAAGCGAACCUGAUCCUGUGCAAGAGGGACUACUUGAGGUUGUUCGGCAGCACCGGCUACUGUGCUGCAUGUUCAAAAGUGAUCCCGGCCUUCGAGAUGGUGAUGCGGGCGCGCAACAACGUGUAUCACCUUGAGUGUUUUGCAUGUCAACAAUGCAAUCACAGGUUCUGCGUCGGUGACAGAUUCUACUUGUGUGAGAACAAGAUUCUGUGCGAGUAUGACUACGAGGAGCGUCUAGUGUUCGCCAACAUGGCUUACAACCCUCCCAGCAUCGCGGCGCUGAAGCGACACACCAGUCAUCUACCGCCCAGCAACCCUCCAGGCAGGUCCGGCCAAGAAGGUCGACACCCCGAGACCAACGGACACCACUAUCCUCCACCCCCAGGCGCUUCCAACGACCCUCCACUCCUGUUCGACGUCAAAUGAUCACCUCGCGUCUAGACUUCGCCCCCUCGGACCCUUGGACCUACUUUACAUAUUCCGACAAUAAUAAGUCGAAUGUCCACAGCUAUACGCGUCUCUGGACUAUGAAUGUUUGUAAAUGUUUUAAACUCAUACAUCGGAAUACUCAUACGAAAUAUUAUCUCCUUGGAUGUAAUUUGUUGUUAAUGGAAAUAUUUUUGUUUCGGAAAUAUUGGAGAUAUUUAAACUUGAAGCCCUAGUGUGGCGGGUUCCGAAUACUUAAGCUAAAGAUGAACAUUCCAUAUUAGUUUAUAACAUUCCAUAAAAUAUUAUUUUGCGAUCUCAGAAACCAAAGAUAGGAAUUAAAGGACUCAAUUUUAGUAUAGUUUGUCUGUAAAUUACUAGGUUUAUAUAAUUUUUUUUGAAGAAAUUUUUGUUAUACUGUAGUUAUUUUUUAAUCGUGCUUAUUGUAUUUUCAACCAAUUAGUGAUAUUUUGUGGUAUAUAUUUUUAACCCUACAUUUUUUACCUACGGUAAAGUGUCAUUUUGAAAUAAAUGUGAUCUUUUUUUAAGAUUUUAUUUGUUAUUUCACCGAACUGUCCCAUAUCUUCCUUCUAAACUAGCAAUGUUUAAACUUCCAGUCAGUAUUUAAACUUCAUAAGCCUCAUAAAUUCCACGAUAGUUUCAUCAUUAUUUGAUUAAUGACACUGUUUAGUAUGUAAAUAUGUUAAUUGACUCCAUUCAGAUUAUUUGUUGAGUUGUUAAUGUAUAUAAUAUUGUUGUUAUUAGUGAUAUUACUGUCUUAGUUAUAGUAUGAUUUGGAAUCCGUGUAUGUACAAAUAGGCUACCAUAUUAUGUUAUGAUAAAUGGUUAGGAAUUUUGUCUAACCGCAAUUUUUACUUUGGUAUAGCGAUUAUUAAUAUAAAACCCCCUAGUAAUCGAAGACACAUUGUCUCCUUAUAUUUAACAUGAACUAAUGUAUGAUUAUGAUUACUCCAAAUUUUCUACCAUAAUGUAAUCGAAGGUAUGAUUCUGCCCAAGUGAAAUUGUAACAGAUUAAUUCUUUCACUGCCAAAUUUAAUUUGAUACCAUACAGUCCAUUAAUUUGGCAAUACUUUCGACUUUAUAUUGAUAAGAAAAAUAGCUAAGAAUAUAUUAACUCUGUAGUUAAGAUGUAUGUAUCUGUAUACAUCAAAAUAAUUUGACUAAGAAUCUUUCACAAUCACUAUUGUAAACAUUUGCUUUGUAUACUGAAGUAGAUAUCCCAUCUUUUGGGCUUUUGUAGCUCGGAUUUUUAAUUAAAGGAUACAUUUGGUUGAGUUUUUAAAAUAGCAGUAUGCAUUUGAAGUUCUAUUUUCACUUACAGGUUGUCAUUAUUAGGGAGUUGAGAAAGACAUGAAAUAUGCUAUAGUUUACUUAACUUUCCCUUUAGAUUAUCACUUCAAUAAUUGAUGUGUUUUUCAAUUAUAAACAAAAUUUACAAAAAAUAAUACUGUAUUUUUACAGCAGCCUACUAUACUGGUAGCUCAAUUAAACUGUUGAACGAAGCAUAAUUUCGAAAAAAUUGGAGUGGAAUAUAUAUUUUACAUUAGUGUAUUUAAAUCGAAGGUGUACGAUUAUAAUAAAUAAUAUUGUUGUACAUAAAGAUCAGUUUACCGUGUAGAUAAUUUAUUGUUAGUUAUGUUGAAAAUACGAAAGUUGGUAAUGUACUCCAAAUACGAUGGUUACCUCGAUGUAUAAAUGUACUUAUCUUAUCCGAAUAAAAUGAAAGUCCAUAUCAUUAAA